CGAUAUUACAAGCACUUGUGUACAAUAUUCUACGAGUAGCUGCUGCGCCAUGGUGAUAUCGGAAGACCGCGGGAAGAAAAGUGGGACUGAGAUUGAAGUUGGCCCGACUUUCAUCCACGUGACUCUUCCACCUUACCAGAGCUCAAUGCAAACAAACUGCCUCGUCCCUUCGUCCUCAAGAUCACAUACCCGGACAAUCGACAUGGCGACGAGGCGGCCCCACACGAAGUCACGUCUUGGUUGCGAGCAGUGCAAAACCCGCAGAGUAAAAGUACGUAAAGUUCCUGGAACAUUCACGCUUGCUCGUUAACAGUGAUAAAGUGCGAUUUAGCUGCUCCGAAAUGUUCGCAUUGUUGACGGCGAGACCAAGAGUGCUCGCUCACUGGAGUCCAUAUUUAUCUUGCAAAUUCUAGAAGUAUCAACAAUCUGUCU